AUGAAAAAGAAUUCGUUCAAUUCCCACAAUUCGGACGGCAAGAAUCGCUACUCUGAGAAGCAUUCCAAUUAUGGCGGCAAGAAGUCGAGCUCGAAGUCGAAGAAUUCGCAACAGAAUAAGACGAACCCGUACCUUUCGAGCGAGGUAACAACCUUGGGUAUGAAGAGCAUCUUUGCUCAGACUCAACAGAAGAAGCUCAAUGAGAUGCGUAGCCGUCAGUCGCAGUUAACCAACGCCGCCUCGCAAUAUUUGUCGUAUCAGCAGAACUGUGGUCUUCAGAAUUAUUACACGCCACCGAAUUCAUUUUAUACCGGUUUGGACUCCAACACCUACAACUUAAUGAAUACCGAGCUACCGUCUCUUAUGAGCGUCGCACCUUAUAAGCAAAUUGCUCCGGAGAGAUUCGACAUGAGCCAUAUUUCAGACGAACUCUUUGCUGUAAUGUCAGAUGGGAUAACGGAGCUUCCAGUUGGAGUGGCCAUGGAAGAAAUGCCGAAAAGUUCUCGAAAUAACGGAAAUCGAAAAAAUCGAAUGGUUGAGAUGAAGACUAUCGACGAUGGAACCAAUAGUCGUUCGGUGUUCGUUGUCAGCGAUCCCAUGGCUGCGACGGCUUCGAAUCGCUCAACGAUUGUCCAGGCAACUACUCCGAGACCUCCCAACAUCUUGGCCAACAUCGAAACUUGUGGUGAACCGCUUUAUUCGAGAAAGGUCUUUAUUGGAGGGCUUCCAAUCGAUGUUACGGAAGAAGAGGUUUGGACAACCUUUGCCGCUUUUGGAAAGGUUCUCGUCGACUGGCCUCGUCGUCCAGAAAAUCGCCGCAACGAGUUUUUCGAUAUGGACAUGCAGCCAAGGAGAAAUUCUCGAUCGGUUUCCGGCUACGUCUUCUUGGUGUUCCAGAAUGAGUAUUCCGUUCGGGCUCUUGUUAAUAGUUGUGAAAUUUUCAACAAAAAGUUUUACUUGGAGCUCUCAUCGCCAACAAUGAGUGGAAAAGCCGUCCAAGUGCGCGCUUGGAACCUUUCCGACAUCGACUACUUCGCCGACAACAAUGCUCCAAUCGAUCAUCGUCGAACCGUGUUCAUCGGCGGAGUUCCGCGGCCAACAAGAGCCGUCGAUCUCGCGAGAUGUCUCGAAAAGCAUUACGGCAAAGUGUCCUACGUCGGAAUCGACAUUGAUCCUGAGCUCAAGUAUCCGAAAGGCGCUGCGCGAGUUACAUUCGCCUAUGCGAAAUCGUUUGUGGCCGCAAUUAGCGGAAGAUUUGUGCAUGUUGUGCAUUCCGAUACUAACAAGCGAGUUGAAAUCAAGCCGUAUGUGAUGGAGGAUCAAAUUUGCGACGAAUGCGAAGGCAAAAUCUGCAAUUUCAACUACGCGCCCUACUUCUGCGGUGACGCUUCAUGCCUUCAAUACUAUUGCGAAAAGUGUUGGGAUCGAAUUCACUAUGUAAUGUCGCCGGCUCGCUCAGAGCAUCGCCCAAUGGUUCGCACCGGCGAUCAAACUCGAGUUCUUCCACGCCCUCCACAUCAUCCGCAGAAUGGAAGCCGCAGCUACCCAAUCGCUGAGCAAUAUGCCAGCGUAAUUUCUCGUGUCACCGCACCCAACACCCAUCAUACCUCAAUGCCAUUGUACCAAAAACAAUUUUCGGCAACCCCAACUUCAAUCGGGUUCUAG